AUGGCGGAGUACGACGACGCCAUCCGGCGAUACUUGAACAAGGGACACGCAGAGAAAAUCGACAUCAAGGUCAACGCUGUUGGGCCCGUCUACUAUAUACCUCAUCGAGCCGUGCUCCGACCCGACAAAGCAAGCACUAAAGUACGCAUCGUCUUCGAUGCUUCGUCCAGCGAUAUCGAUUGCCCGUCACUCAACGAAGUUGGCCCAAACUUGAAUCCGGAUAUCCUGGCCACACUUCUAAAAUUUCGCAAACAUAGCGUCGCCCUUACCGCCGACAUAGAGAAGGCUUUCCUGCAGAUAUGCCUUAAUGAAAGGGACAAAGAUGCCUUCAGGUUCCUUUGGUACUCCACAAUGCCGGAAAUCGGUAGCCCGCUCCCAGAAAUCGAAGUAUGGAGAAUGACCAGGAUACCUUUGGUGCUGCGCCAAGUCCGUUCCUACUCGCCGCGAAGCUUCGUUACCACUUCACUACUAUGA